AUGACUGUCGGGCAUUUAAUUCAAAUGCUAGCACAAGGUCUAGCUCAAUUUCAAGCUAUGGGAGGAGGAAUGUUUCUCUUAGCUCGAAGCCGCGCUCAGUUUGCCUUAGAGUUUCUUGUGCGGUAUGAUACUACUAGUGAAGGGCUUCAGCCCUCUUUUGAGAAAUUUUACUUUUCUCGCAUGGAAAAUGCUAACCCGGAGACAGUAGAAAAGGUGUGCAAGAUCGUAAAGAACCAGCUGGCUCUACCAGAUGACUCUAAAGUCACUGGCGAGUCAACAUUCGCGGCUCUUGGAGCUGAUUCACUAGACACGGUAAAGAACAUCUUGCCAUAA